AUGAAUUACAACAUGGAUGAGCUGGAGGCCACCAGGCUACUGCGUCAUCCUCGUCGUUGGUGGAGCGCUGGAUUCAGCAAACGCAUAGUGGCCAUCUCGAUUCUGGUUAUCAUCGUACUGCUUUUUUCCCUGAUCUAUCAUGGCCUUGUGGUGGAGAGAAUAGAUCGCGUACAGCAGAUUGCCGCAUUGAAUGCCAGGCACAAGGAACUUUUCAACCAGCCCUUCGAAGAGGAUCAGUCUGCUCUGAUUGUGAGUCCUCAAACCUUGCAUUUCAAACUGCUUGACGAGGAUAAGAAUAAAGAUUUGGACGAUAGCAAAAAUAGGAGAAGAAAGCACUUGAAGCGAAUGCUGGUGAAGUUCCGAUUAAAUAAGAAACAUCGCACGCGCCGCGAGUUGCCAAGCUUUGAUUCUUUGGAUCCCCUACGAAUGGAGGGCAUCAGUCUGCAUAGUCUGUACUCCAAGCUGAGGAGCAAAAGGGCCAGAGAAGCUCUCAGCCAACUGGAGCACGAGUUUGUGCGAUGCAAGAAGCAGACUCCGCAGGAUUGCAUGUCCGCCUUCCUGCGCAUGUACAAAAUGGCCAAGGAGGUGACCGAGAAAAUGGAGAAGAUGAAGGCCAUUAUGCGGGAGCAGCAGCCGAAAGUGGAAUCUAUCAGUUUGGAAUCCUAUGAGCAGAGUGGUACAUUUCCUCCCGGAGAUCUGGUCCAAGAGACCACUGCAUCCACAACCACUACCGUGGGUAAUGCCACUGAAAAGCCUCCGAGAACCAAGAUAAAACCCGCCAGGAUCAGCUGGAUAAUCGAUGGUCAUGAUCAUGAUGAGAGUCCAGUUUACACACAUGAUGCGCCCAAAAAAGAAACUACCAAGGAGCCGGGAAACAUCACACAAUUGGUGGAGAAUACAAGAACACGAGAUGUAGUUGAAACCACCAGCGAAAAGUUGGCUGCGGAGAGCACAACGGAGAAGAUCAGCUGGAUUCUGGAUCACUUUGAGAAGCCGCAGGAGAUUUUGCGCACAACUGAAGGACCAAAUCAGCGAACCAUUAGAAAUGUGACCACCACAUCGGCAUCUUCUAUAAAAUCCAAUCCAGUAGUAGAAACGAAAAUGGAAACGGAAACCACUAAUACAGAUUUCUAUGUCAGCACAGAAGGUGGUUUAUCGUUGGAUUCAACGACAGAGGCACCAAUUGAAACCAGCAACUCCACCGUUCAGCGAAAACUCUCUUUCGAUUGGAUUAUCGAUGGAGAAGAUGAUGUGGAGCCGGAAGUCAAGGCCAGCAGCACUACCACAACCACAGCGACAGUGGGUACCAGUACCACAGAAGCCCCCAUUGCCACCACAGAGCUGCCCAAACUGAAUUUCGAUUGGAUCAUCGAUGGUAGGGAAGUUGAGGAGCCCCAGGAAAAUACGAACACCACCUUGGCAGAUAGCACAACUGAGCCAGGUCAGCGAAAGAUGCAGUUCGAUUGGAUUAUUGACGGGGAGGAAGUUGUGGAGACGCAGGAAAACUCCACCAUCACCACUAUUACCACCACUGCCGCAACAACUGCGGUUAUCAACACAACCGAGGCCAACUCCACAGCCCAUCCCACCAAGCCAAAGCCGGUAAAGUUUGACUGGAUCAUUGAUGGCGGAGAACCCAGUGCUGAAGUAAUCAGUAGCUCAACCAGCCAGCCUCCUGCCAAGUUGACCACCAGAGAAGCUAUAAGAGAUACGGAAUCCCCGAGAUCCUUUCAUCCGCUGGACAAUCCCAGCAGUAUCGAAAACAUGCUGGAGAGCUUUGAGCGACACGAAGAAGAAAAGCCCAUCCUUCGAGUGCUAGGUGGCAAUGAAUCCUCAUCGGAAAACUCCACGGAUGCCCAUGAACAUCAGCUCUGGCUAAAGAAGUUUGAGGAUCAGGCCAAGGCAAAUCAAAACGAGCUGAUCGAUACCUUUGGAACGGGUUUGGAUGCCAAGGUGCUGGACAAAAUGGGACCCAAACUCAAUCCGGUCAAUGGUCACAUCUGGAAUGCUGCCGAUGUCCAGAUCCUCAGUCUGUGCGAACGAGUGGCCCUGAAGAUGCGCAAUAAGGUGGCCCCCAUGGCCGAGGGUGAGAUCAAGGAGAAGGGCGAAACCUUCACGGCCUCACCCAGUGUUCAGUUCACCAGCCGAGCUCCUGGCGGAUUCCCAGUUUCCGGUGAAACCAUGAAGGCCUCGGCUCAGUUUAUGUUUAACCCCAACUUUGGGAUGCCCAGCAUCCCAGUCUGCUUCUACAUGACGCCCGCCAACUUCCGAAUGCCCAUGUGGUCAAACACGCCCACGUUUAUGGGCAUGCAGGGUUCGCACUUUGGAGGAUCCUCGAAUCCCGGCAAUGGAAUAUUCUUUGUGCCUCAGCAAUUUGGACCGAGUGGUAACUUUUUCGGUGGAAGCGGUGGAUCCGGAGCCGGUGGUCAGGGUGCCAAUAUCUUCUCGAAGAAUGCCUCGCCACAGAAACCACAGUCAAAUGGUCAGCAGCAGCAGGUCUACUGCAGCUACAUGCAGAAUCAAUCGGGAAAUCCGGGAGCUGGACAAUCACAGACUUCCAGUCAGCAGGGUGGACAGCAGACGACCUUCUCCAAUGCCAACUUUAAGAUGCGGAUGCAUGCCAAUCAGUCGAGCUCCUCGCAACACCAGGGACAGAUUAUCUACGCCAGCUACGCAGGAGUGCCGCAGCAAUCGAUUCAGCAGCGCUCCAGGUGCCCAGAGCCGGAUCAGGUCUCCUGCUUUGGCCAAAAAGAGUGCAUCUCGGCGUCGCGAUGGUGCGACAAUGUGGUGGACUGUUCGGAUGGCAGUGAUGAGUCCGCCUGCACUUGUGCGGAUCGCGUGGAUGAAGAACGCCUGUGCGAUGGCUAUGCGGAUUGUCCCAUGGGCGAGGACGAACUGGGCUGCUUUGGCUGCGAGCCGCUGGCUUACUCCUGCUAUGAGUACCCCGAGGAGUUCGCCAGGCACAAUCGCUCGACGAUUUCCAUGUGCUACAAUCGGCAGGAGCGCUGUGAUGGAUUCAUGAACUGCUUGAAUGGACGCGAUGAGGAGCAGUGCAGCAUGUUGGUCACUGAUGUGUCGGAUCAUAUGUCGCAUGCUGCCUCUGCUUCUGAGGGUUAUUUGUACCACAAUUAUCGCGGAGAUUGGCAUCCUGUGUGCAACAAUGGCGAAAAAUGGGCGGCUUCAGCCUGCGAGCUUGAGGAAAAGGGUCGGCUGAAUGUCACCUUUCGGACCCUCACUUUACAGGGUCCCUUCAUUGAGCCCUCCCUGCAUGCCGGAGUGCACUUCGCUCAGGCCUGUCAUGGACGCAAUAGCCACGAUUCUCUGGUGGAUCACGUGGCAUUUGUCAAGUGCCCACCGAUGCAGUGCGGCGUGCCCACGAAGAACUUGAAGACGGAGCACUCGAAGAAAGUGAAGAGAGCUGUAGCGGAGUCAAAGGAAAUCGUUGGGGAUGGGCGCAUUGUGGGUGGAAUCUACACCAGUGCCCUCCAUUGGCCAUUUGUGGUUGCUAUCUACCGAGAUGGCAAAUUCCAUUGUGGCGGAACCAUCUUCUCCGAGCGUUGGAUUAUCAGCGCUGCCCAUUGUGUCAUAAACUUUGGAAAGUACUUCUACGAGGUGCGUGCUGGUCUCCUGCGGCGCACUAGUUACUCACCGGCCACCCAAAUCCAGCCCGUUUCCCAUGUGGUGGUCCACCAGGCCUACGAAAGAAGGAGCAUGCGGAAUGAUCUCUCCUUGCUCCGUUUGAUUAAUCCGCUGCAAUUCAAUCGCUGGGUUAAGCCCAUCUGUUUGCCCGACAAGGGAAGAACAACGAUGGGGGAGGAUUGGAUCUGGGGACCUGAAGAAAACACUUUGUGCACGGUGGUUGGAUGGGGAGCCAUUCGAGAGAAGGGGCCGAGCAGUGAUCCUAUGCGUCAGGUUAUAGUACCCAUACGCAAACAAUGCACUGACCCCGAGGAUCAGGCUUCGGAGGACAUUUGCGCCGGCGAUCCGAACGGAGGACGCGAUGCCUGCCAGGGUGACUCGGGUGGCCCGCUCUUCUGUCGCAGCGUUUCUCGGCCGGAGGAAUUCUACCUGGCCGGGGUGGUGAGUCACGGCAACGGCUGUGCUCGCCCUCAGGAAUUCGGAGUCUACACGAGGGUGACUCUGUACUUGGACUGGCUGGAAAUGGCUGUUACUCCGCGUCUCUUGCCCACCCGUCAGCCACUUCAAUUCUGUCCCGGAUUCAUUUGCGUCUGGGGCGGCAAAAGGUGUAUAGCCAAACGUCAGCGCUGCGAUCGUAAUGUCGAUUGUCUAGGUGGUGAGGAUGAGGUCGGAUGUGAGUACAACUUCAUACCCGAUAUGGUGGGUAGCGUACGACAGAAUGUGAGCAGCACAACCGAGAGUGACUAUCAUCCAGAGAACAAAAUGCGAGAAGUUAUUGAGAUUGAAGAUGAUGAUUUGAAGGCGGAACAGGAUGAGGAGGAGGAUGCCUGGGAGAGCACAACUUCUUCGGAGGGAUCUGAAACCACCGAAGGGCAAAUGGAUGUUUCCUUGACUGAAGAAGUUACCUCAACUACCUCAAGUGGUUUAUCAACAAUAGGGGAGACCACGGUUCAAAGUUCUACCACGAUUGAUUCAACCACAAAUCCUUCAACUAUAAUAACAUCUACAAGUUCACAAACCACCUUUCCAUCUUCAACAAUCGAAACCUCAUCGACUACAAUUGAAUCGAAAACACAAUCGACUUUACCAAAUACUGAUGGUCCGACUACAGCAAUACCCACAUCAACUGAGGAUUUGAAGAAAUUCACCGAUUUGGUUACUCAGUUUAUAGAGAGUACUACUCUUGGAGAUAGUUCCACUAAGGAAAUAGUAACAACCACUUCCCUUCUGGUCACAACUGAAGCUGCAAGAACAGAAACUACAGAGGAAAUAAAGGAGACCACUACUACAGAGAUCACAACUACAAUACGCAGUGGCGUCAGCAUCACCACCACACCUCUAACCACAAUUUCUACUACCAUUCCAACCACUGAAAAGCCUGUAGAAACCACCGCUUCCACAUUAGCGCCAACUACCACGCCAAAAUCUACAAAGGCAACCACCACUCAUCAAGCUCAUUCUCAAAAGGAUCAAAUACAAAUUCCUAACAAAUUUGUGUGUAAAAAAAUGUCCCAAAUUGUCGAUAUGAUGAUGCGUUGUGAUCGCAAAGUGGACUGUGAAGAUGGAACUGAUGAACUGGACUGCACAUGCAGGGAUUAUAUGAAGGGAUCUCUAAAGGGUCUCAUUUGCGAUGGCAAGGCGGAUUGCGAGGAUCUCACGGAUGAGCAAAACUGCGUGGACUGUCAAGCUAACGAGUUCCGUUGCCCCCUGUCCAAAACUUGUCUGCCUUCAAGCAAACGUUGCGAUAAUGUAGUCGAUUGUAAAUUCAAGGAAGAUGAAAAGGAUUGCUUUGCCCUGACCAAUGGCCACGAUGUGCACUUCGACGUUCAUCAGCAGCCCAAAUUCAGCAGCGCUGGAAUCUUUUCCAGAAAUGCCCACGGCGUGUGGCGAGUGGUCUGUGCCCAUGAGACGGGCUACCAUGAGCACCAGGCCAACACGGCGGAUGCGGUGUGUGCCCUUCUGGGCUUCAAGGGGGCGCACUACUUCAAUAGCUCGGAAUUUGUGACCCAGCAGGAAAUGCAAUCCAUUACGCCAGAGUUAAAGGGAGGCCGAACCCGCAUGGUGGCCCAACUUCGCGCCAUGGUCGGUGACAAUAUCCAGUUGACAGAAAACGAGGUUAUAAUCCCCGAAAUUGGUAUACCAUCCGCCUCAAGACCAGAAAAGGAUCGUCUACUGCCCCGCAAAUGUGUGGGCAUCUACGUGGAGUGCAAUUUGCUGGCCAAUAAAACCACUCCACUGAAAACCUUUAGUGCCGGCCAAGCUGUUAAAGAAAAGCCAAUGGAGCAGGUUCCCAUACUCCUGCCCACCAUCGAGACCCACAACACACCGAAUGUGCACUUUAAGCCGCAAAUUCCUGCGGUUGUCGUGAACAAAAAGGAUGAGAUACUCGACCGCCUGGAUAAUCUCAUUAAGAGUAAAAAGAAUAAAACCAUACUGGUGAAUGAGAAGCUCCACGAAGCCAUCGAGGAGCUGCACUGGCCCUGGCUGGCAGAUGUCUAUUCGAAUGGCGAUCUCUGGUGCAUCGGAGUGCUGAUCGACAAGCAUUGGGUUUUGGUCCACGAGAGCUGUCUAUCUGGCAUUGAUUUGGAGACCCACUACGUCAGCGUUUUGCUGGGCGGCGGAAAAACAAAACGAUCGGCCCAUAGAAGCAAUCACGAACAAAUUCGCCGGGUGAACUGCUUUGAGGGGGUGCCAAAGUCCAAUGUAUUGCUGUUGCAUCUGGAGCAGCCUGUACGCUUCACCCACCAUGUGCUGCCCACAUUCCUGCCUGACCUUUCUCAUCACAAUCCCGCCGCUGCGAGGGACUGCAUCAGUGUGCUCCAUGACGAUGUCACCGGACGCAUCAAAACUGUGGCCAUCACCCGGAUAGCGAACGUUACGAACUGUGAUUCCUGCUACAAGCUGCAGGAAAAGCAGCCGCCGGCCAAUCUGAUGCGCCUGCUGAACGUUAGUGCCGAGGACAUGGCCUCCAUUUCCGAGGAGGUGGAACUCAUUAACGGGGUGGCGCCCACAGAGCUGCCGGCAAUCACCAAAUUCACCAGCUGCAAUCAGUUUGGUCUGAAAAAUGUCAGCGAUUCGCUGCAUCACAAUCCCAGCGAUCAGGGGGUGCUGGUAUGUCGGGACUCGCACACAGGCUGGUUCCCAACGGCCAUGUUUAGCUACAACAAUUCCGAUUGCCAAAGUUUUAAACAGCCAUUUGGCAUUAAAACGCUGGAGCUGGCAUACAAAUCGCUGCAGGAUAUUAUAGACAAGCCCAGCUGCAAAAUGCUUCAGCCUCCCCCGGAAUGCAACACCCAUCGCUGCCCGCUGGGUGCUUGUCUGCCCCAGACGGCGAUUUGCGACGACCGAUCCGAUUGUCAUGAUGGCAGCGAUGAAGAUGAAACCAAAUGUCGACAGCUGAACCAGCGGUGUGCCCCCGGCGAGAUGAAGUGUCGCACCAGCUUCAAAUGCGUGCCGAAGAGCAAGUUCUGUGACCACAUGCCAGACUGCGAGGACAUGACGGAUGAGCCUACCAUCUGUAGUUGCUUUACUUAUCUGCAAGCCACUGAUCCCUCAAAGAUAUGCGAUGGCAAGCGAAACUGUUGGGACAAAAGCGAUGAGAGCUCCGUCCUGUGCAAUUGCACUGCUGAUCAUUUUCAAUGCAGUUCCUCUCCUGAGGAUUGCAUUCCCCGAGAUUUUGUGUGCGACAAAGAGAAGGAUUGCCCGAAUGGCGAGGAUGAGCGAUAUUGCUUUGGCAUAGAGCACCCACUGCAUCAGCAAAAGAAGGACUUCUGGGCCAACAGUCAGCACACGCAACCAGAGACAGCUCCUCAGUACGGUCAGGUUAUUGAACAAACCUAUGGCAUCUGGCAUACGAAAUGCUUCCCCAAAAGCAAACCCCUUCAAGUCGAUGAAGUGCGCGAGAUAUGCAAAAAGUUGGGCUACAAUCCGUACAGACAGCCCAGCUAUCGGUUAAUUGACGAUGAGGAGAACAAGGCGGUGCACACCUUCGAGUUGGCGGAUCGACAAGGACGAAGUUUUAGUAACGAGUCGCUAAUGGGAAAGUACAGGGACUCAACGAAGGCGUUAAUAGUCAGCAAAUUCUCGCCUCUCCAACUGAACGAACGCCUCACGCUCUUCCUCAAGUCCAGCCGGCCAAUUGCCGAGUUGGUCAGGUGGAAUGCCACCGAUUCCAGCAUGUGCUACAGGCUGGAGAUCAGAUGUGCCUGAUGGUAAGGGGUUCGACUUUCUAUAAUCUCGUUAUUAACCUUUUGCGCGUUUUAGUAGCAAAUAAAUGCGAGA